AUGCGCCUCGACAUCCUGACACUGCUCUGCGCCUACGGAGCAGCGCUGAGCUCCGCAACGAUCACCUUCCGCGUCCAAAAAGCAUCCAACCCAACCUCCGACCAAGCCGACGCAUACGCACGCAUCGAAGCGGCCAUGAGCAAGGCCGUGGCGCGGUACAACCGGCUGGCGCCGCGGGCCAGCAAGUCGCUGACGGUGCAGUACGUGCCGUCGGUGGCGACGGCCGACGGCAACUUCAACGGCAACAUCCGGUUCGGGUCGAACCGGGCGUACAUGACGGAGCGCACGGCGCUGCACGAGACGGCGCACACACUGGGCAUCGGCCAGACGCAGGCCUUCAACGACCGGUCGUGGGACGGCGCCAGUGCGAAGAUCAAUUGUGGCGGGGGCCAUAUCUGGCCGUAUGGGCUGAACUACGAGAAUGAGAUGAGCGAGACCAAUGCGGAGAGGCAUUGUUUGUUGAUUAAUGCCAUGUUGGCGGAUGGGCUGGCUGGUUGAGGGAUGGGACAAUAAGAAAUUGGGAUGGGCUCAUGGGGCUCAUGAGCAGAGGGCUGAUAGGUACCUAGAAAAAUAUCAUGUCAUGUUUGUUGGCGCCAUGUGACAGGAAGAGGGUGAAAAGCUUACAGCUAACGGCCAAGCUCGGUCCACAUGUCCUGCACAUACUACGAGUUUGAAUUAUAGACCGUUAACUAGACUCACAGAUUAUCAAUUAACG